GGGGCCUUUUGGGUAGCUGGCCGGGGUCUCCUGGCGACGACGAUGGCGGGGGACGUGGGCGGUCGCAGCUGCACGGACUCGGAGCUGCUGCUGCACCCGGAGCUGCUAUCUCAGGAAUUCCUUCUCCUCACUUUGGAGCAGAAGAACAUAGCUGUUGAAAAUGAUGUAAAAAUAAAUAAAGACAAUCUUACUGACCUUUAUGUCCAGCAUGCAAUACCGUUGCCUCAGAGGGAUUUGCCAAAGAAUAGAUGGGGCAAAAUGAUGGAAAAGAAAAGAGAACAAUAUGAGAUAAAAAAUGAGACUAAAAGGAGUAGCGCUGUAGAUGGAUUAAGGAAAAGACCCCUCAUUGUAUUUGAUGGAAAUUCUACAAGUACAAGCAUAAAAGUGAAAAAGACAGAGAAUGGAGAUAAUGAUCGACUCAAGCCUCCCCCUCAGGCAAGCUUUACCAGUAAUGCCUUUCAAAAAUUAUCACAUUCCUCUUCAAGUGUUUCACCCCUAAUUUUGUCUUCCAAUUUGCCUAUGAACAAUAAAACGGAACACAAUAAUAAUGACACUAAACAGAACCAUGACUUAAUGCAUAGGAAAAGUCCUUUGGGGUCUGUGAAGUCACCACCUUUGUCCCCUGUUGGAACUACUCCAGUGAAGUUAAAGCGAGCUGCUCCUAAAGAAGAAGCAGAGGCCAUGAAUAAUCUGAAGCCCCCAGAAGCAAAGAGAAAGAUACAACAUGUCACAUGGCCAUGAAGGAAAAUUUCCAAACAUGUAAAUAUAACUGUAACUGUAGCUUUUCAGACAAGUUCAUAUACAUAUAUUGACAGUAUUUACAGAGAUCCUGGUUAUUAUGGAAUUUUCUUAAGAGGUUUAAAAUAGGUUCAGAAAAAUAAAAGCUUUCUUUUCCUU